AUGUCUGAAAUUCAGAAAUUCAGAAAUUCAGAAAUUCAGAAAUUCAGAAAUUCAGAAAUUCAGAAAUUCAUGGUUAUUAUGGGUACUAUAGGUACAAUGGGUACUAUGAGUACUAUGGGUACUUUGGGUGCAAUGGGUACUAUGGUUAUUAUGGGCUCUACGGGUGCUAUGGGUACUAUGGGUAUCAGCUUGAUUGGUGAGUCAUGGGAUCAUGGAGAUAAUGGGUACUACAGGUCUUAUGGGUACCAUGGGUACUAUGAGUACUAUGGGUACUAUGGGUACUAUAGGUCCCUUGGGUACUAUGGCUACUAUGGAUUCUAUGGGUACUAUGGGUUCUCUAAAUUUAUUUUUUUUUUCCUUCCAAAUCCUAAUUAUUUUAGGAAAAUGGGCAAUUUUCGAUCGAAAAAUCGACUUUUCUGA